AUGUCGCUCAGAAGCCCUAAGAAUGGAAAUAGCACUGAGUGUCACUACUGGGGCUAUUCCUUCCACUGGACUGACCUCCACUCAUCUGCCGAUGAACUCCGGCCGUUGGCAUAUACCUAUGAUACUCUUGCUGAUGAGUGCGUUGAGCUCUUGAAUAAGAUCCCGACGAAUGAUGACUCGGACAAGAAGGUCUAUAAGAAGGAUCUAUAUGGUCUAUUACGGGAUCAUGCGGAUGAAGAUCCCAAACUCCAAGAGUUGUGGACACAGAUCAAUACAGUCCCAGACUGGGUAGACUGGGCUCAGAUCCAACGGGGUCAGGAUGUUUUUUUCCGAUAUGGACUUCCGAUUCUGAAUGUUCUUAGUUUUGAAAGUUUACUUGGUGGAAUGGGAGCAAUCCGGGUCGUCGAAACACUUACACGCACAGGCGGUUUCGGGGCAAAGGUAGUACGGAGAAGGUUACUCGAGACCCUUCAGCAUAUUCUACAAGUAAACAGCUCAGUAGAAGGCAUGAGACCAGGCGGCGAAGGUCAUAUCUCAUCUGUUCGAGUCCGACUACUCCACUCGUCUGUCCGGAAGAGGAUACUCAGUCUGGUUGACCAAAAGCCCGAAUACUACGAUAUCGACAAAUACGGAACACCAGUCAAUGACUUGGACUGCAUCGGCACUAUCAACACAUUUUGCAGCUCCGUUGUUUGGCUUGGACUUCCUAGACAGGGUAUUUACCUCAACCAGCAAGAGAUCGAGGACUACAUCGCACUGUGGAGGCUGGUUGCUUAUUACAUGGGCACGCCGACACAUCCAUUUGAGGAUACAGCCAAGGCUCGGGCGAUGAUGGAGUCUUUGCUUAUUACAGAAAUUGAUCCGACUGAGGUUGGAAAGAUUCUAGCGAAAAAUAUUAUCAUUGGUCUAGAGAAUACGGCACCGGCUUAUGCAUCCAAGGAGUUUAUGGAAGCCAUGGCUAGACUGCUUAAUGGGGAUCAGCUUUCUGAUGAGUUGGAGAUCCCCCGGUCCAACCUUCAUUACAAGAUGUUGAUUUGGGGUUACUGUUUCUGGGUCAUGGGUGUUUCAUACAUUAUUCCCAGAAUCUCUUUCCUGGACAAGAUGAUGAUUUCGCUUCGCCGGAAGUAUUUCUAUAGGCUCAUUCUCGAUGAGAAAAUGGGUCUUGGAGAAGAGUCUCGCUUCGAGUUCAAAUAUGUUCCCACUCUCACUCGCAAAACUCGACUUGGAGAGCGUAGAAGUACCAAAUUUGAGCGACCUGGUAUUGAGAGUUUGGCACGUUUGGGACUUCUGGCGGCCUUCACUGGAGUGGUCACUCUGGCCUUGGGUUUUGUUUUUGCCACGAGAAUGAUUCCUACACAUUAG